GGUGGCGGUAAUUCAACAUUUAUUGGAUGCCAACCACCGUUAAACCUCAACGAAGAAGAAGGAGUGUUUCCGUGAAGAUGGCUGUCGGUGCCUUCCCCAUCGCCAAGCUCCUCUACCUCGGUGUACGGCAGCUCAGCAAGCCCGUAGCCAACAAGCUCAAGGCCGGGGCUCUCCGGAGCGAGUUCUUUAAGACAUAUGUUUGUCUUCCACCGGGACAGAUUUACCACUGGGUGGAGAUGAGGACCAAGAUGAGGAUCAUGGGAUUCCGGGGUUCCACCAUCAAGCCCCUGAACGAAGAGGCGGCAGCAGAGCUGGGUGCAGAGCUGCUAGGGGAGGCCAUCAUCUUCAUCAUCGGAGGGGGGUGUAUGAUCCUAGAGUACAGUAGACAGGCGGCCAACUCUAAGAGGAAGGAAGAAGAGCUGAGUCACACCAUUGGCAGUCUGCAGACACAGAUAGGAGAGCUGACCUUGAACACAGAGACACUGGAUGCCAGGCUAAGGGAGGUCAACAGGCUGCUGCUCUCCUUACCACCUCCUGUUACCACGCAGGUUCCUGUUUCGGAUCCUGCUACCACUCUGGCUUCCUCUUCUGUGGAUCCCAGUCAAAAGUGAUACCUGUGUAAUUUCAGAAUUAGCCUGAUGGUCGUCAGAUCUGUUUGUCUUCAGCCAAAUUCUCGCUCAUGUCAUAACUAACCUUUUCAUAUCUGUCUCUCUCUCUCUCUCAAUGUAGUGUUGUCAGACGAGACUAAAGGACUCUAUACACACACACCACAACACAACACAACACAACACAACACAACACAACACAACACAACACACUCUGCAAACGGAGCGACGGAGAUCCGUUUGUGUCGAUCCCUGCUUACUUUUGUGCGGCUGAAUUUAUGGAGUGGACCGUGUGUGUGUGUGUGUGUGUGUGUGUGUGUGUGUGUGUGUGUGUGUGUGUGUGUGUGUGUGUGUGUGUGUGUGUGUGUGUGUGUGUGUGUGUGUGUGUGUGUGUGUGUGUGGAGUCCUUUCCGUCUAGGUUAUGAUGCCACACGAGUCAGCUGUUGGCUAAAAACAGACAGAUCUCUGUCCACCAGGUUAUGUCUGUUUAAUAAAAGGACUGUGACACUUAACCGUAUGCUUCCCAGAUGAAACAGUCUGUGCAUAUAUUAUGUUUGCUUUGGUCUUUGGCUGGGGAUGUUUUUGUUGUCUAUGUUCAGUACUCCUAGUAGGAACUAUUGACGAGAUUAUUCAAUGAAGUGUUUGUCAUUCAAGUAGCCUCUGCUGAGAUGUUCUAGUUUUCAGGAGAAAUGGAGAGAGGGCAUUAACAAUGCAAUACCAUCUUAACUCCGCCUCCGCAUUUGCACCGGAUUGGUUGAACAGUGCAGAAGGGAACCUCCCACCGACAGUUUUCUAUUCUCCUGGUCAAGACUAGUUUUCAUGCACAUGUUUUCAAUUGAGAAAUAUAGAACCAAACAUCUGGUAGAUGGGGAAUAUAGAACCAAACAUCUGGUAGAUGGGGAAUAUAGAACCAAACAUCUGGUAGAUGGGGAAUAUAGAACCAAACAUCUGGUAGAUGGGGAAUAUAGAACCAAACA